AUGAACGUAUUUUCUCUGAAAAAACCCCAGGAAGACAAAUCAAAGUCGAUUCUAAAGGCUUUGGACACCAAAAAGAACCUCUCGACACGCUUGAAGCAUUUGAAGUACUCCUUAGGUAAUCUCUUCUGUCACUCGGAAGCGAACUUCAAACUGAAGGAUAAAAGUGCGUCUUCCGAAGAAACGAGGCGUAUUUCUUAUCUUAUUCGAACCAUUUUCGUUCCAGUUCCCCGGCAACAUAAGGAAGAGUUCGAAGUGGUUCUACUGCUAUUGGAAAAGUUGUUAUGUUUCAUGCCGGAGAUGAUUCAGAGCCAAUGGCAGAUGAAAAAGCUAGAUUCAGUGCUCUCAAGGUUGUUGCAUCCGGGAAAUGUGAUGCGUUUACGAAAGGAAGCCAUCAGACUUUUCAUACUCUAUUAUCAAGUUCUCGGAGAUUCAGCUGAGGAAGUUCAUCAUGCCACGUUUGCGACUUUGAUACCUGGUUUUUCGUAUCAGAGCCCCUUCGGCAUUAAUAUCAGCCCCCUGACGCAACCUAUUUCAGCUUUAAUGGCUUGCAGUGACCUGCAACCAGUUUUGCCAUCACAGUCUGCGGAGUCUCAAGCUGUAGAUACGGUGCCCUUGCUGUUGGAGUUCGUCCUGCAUUUCAUGGUUUCAGAGAUGACGAAAGUGAUGUGGAAGGAAAAUCGUGAUACUCAUUGGUGGGAGUCAUUCAACUUCGUUUUUGAUCAAUUCAAAAAAACGUACCUGAUGAAAAUAUUUCCUACUUUCUCAACUGCCUGCGAUAUAUACAAUCCGAGCAAUGAUAUUCCAGAGCCACGGCAACUGUGGAACAGCAAUAGAACAAGACAUGAUCCCUAUGGAACAGAGAAUGGGGAUCAUUUGGGUGAAUACUUGGAGCAGCUGCAAGUUCACAUAAUCAAGUGGAUCGCGAACUACGUUGCUCCGUUGGAAAACGUGAACGAUCUUAUCCCACCGGGUUCCAUAACUUCUGGUAGCUCUGCUUCACACGCUGGGAGAGGUAUGCGUCUUGUGGGUGAUGGGUUCGGACAAGGUAGGGAGAGCAUGGCCAUGGAAGAUUCGGAGCAUGGUCAAGUAUUGCAGAUGAGGGCUCCAGAGGAACAUCGAAGCUGGAGUCACUUAAUUGUGCGGGAAACGUUGUAUUCUUCUCGUGACAACGUGAACCUUGUGCACGAGAUCUUCCGUCAGGCGUUUUUGCUAUCGCCCGUACACGUUGCUGCCGUACGCGUCGUUGUUUCAAUAUAUCGCGAUUGGAUAACGCGAUUUGACAAUCCGCCUUUUAUCCUGGAGCCUGUUGUUAGUGACAGAGCUUCUCGUCAAAGUCGGCUUGAAUUGGAGCAACAGUCAGGUGGCCGUCUUCGAACAAAUUCUUAUGUUGCAGCCUUGACCCAGGAUUUUACUGAUAUUCGAGCUGGUUUGCAGAAUACUCUUCAAGUUUUUUUGACGCACUCUUCGGCGGUUUUUAUGACCGAAUUACCGGAUGAAAUCACUGGGGAUCUUCUGGAAGACCAGGUUGAUGUCUGUAAAAGAGUUCUCAACAUCUACCGAUAUACUGUUAUGAACACCGUUAUGUCGUCUCAAACUUGGGAGCAAUUUCUGCUGAUACUUCUUCAAAUUGUUUCUACGUGCUUACGGGAACGACCACCUCAGUUUAGAAAGGAGACGUUAGGAGGGCGUCUUGCUGCUCCUCUUUUUCAGACUUUGAUCGUUACGUGGAUUCGGGCGAGUUUGCACGUGGCGGUAUCCUCGGAAUUAUGGGAUCAGUUACUGCAUAUCUUAUCAUCAUUGGUGGAGUGGGAAGAACUGAUAGUUGAAUGGGGGAAAACAAUGGAAACCUUGACGCGAGUGAUGGCGCGGUAUGUGUACGGCUUGGAUCUUGGUGAUCUUCCAUUGGAUAGAAUGACGGCAAUGACCACCAGGAAACGAAUCAUAAGAAGAGGGCAGACCUCGAAAUCUUUCAAAUCGAGUGGCGGUGGCCAGCAGGCGAAUUCUCGGCCAUCAGUUCCAAAUCCUGUCCCAACUUCCUAUGCAACGCGUGUAAAUGCCAGACGAACCAGUUUGGGUGAUAACAGCAGCGGUGACCAGCACAAACAUGUUGCAUCUGGCACAAGCUCAACUCAGUUCAACGUUCACGGCGUUAAUGGAGGAAAUCAUCACCAUCGUCAGUCAUCUUCCCGUGGGGGACAGUCGUCACAUGGAUAUCUUCCCGUGAAGGACCUGCAGAAAAUUAAACGGAGUUACAGUGAAUCCAAUAUCAUCUACCGGCUUAGCUGUGGAGACCCUCAUGAUUGGUGUUUGAUGCCGAUGCCAUUGUUGGACAAAAAAUCUCGCUCCGCUGAAUCCUUUCGUAUUUGUGACAACCCUAGCAGUGUUGGAUACGAAGAAACUAUCACAAGCAGGACAUUGUCUCCAUCUCCGUCAUCCGGUGUCGAUUCUGCAUCAUUGAAAGAGACCCUGCAGUUGGAUAUUUAUGGCCGCGGUGAUGAUGCUGCGAGUGAAUGUGGAGAGGAUGGAUUAAGUUACGGAUCUUCAGGAGCACAAUGUAUGAUGUCGGCCUGUUCCGAGUCACGUUCUGUGAUGGCGGGUGGCACGAUUUCUGGGUGGACCCCCGACUCCACUAUGAUGCUAUGGAAAAGAAUGUUGGGUUGUAUGGGCAAUGUAACUAUGAUCCCUGUCCCUAACUUACUCCACAGAGUUUUUGUGACUCUGGUGGAAACGGUGGACACAUUAGUGAAGAUGAGGGAAAAUCUCGGGGUUUCGGAAGAUAAGCAGUCGACCCCUCCACCGCCUCCCUUGGUUCCCCCAUUGCUCCUCGUAACCCCGUGGUGUAUUCAGGCCAUCGACUUGGAAGAAAUAAAAUACCGCCCAGCAAGAAUCUUGUCUUAUGAAAUAUUGUGCAAAACCGUUAUCCGCCGGCCAGAUGUGCUUCCUAUACCUCGGGACGUUUUGAUCCAUUUUUAUAGAGUAAUGCACCUGGGACUCGUUGGGAAAGAAGAGGUGAUUUUUUAUUUUUCAUUCAAAGAUAUUAUCAAUCAAAUCGUGAAGCAAUGCGGAGCGUGCUAUUGGAGCAUCACACUACCUGGACAUACGCUUUUACUCCUCGAUUUCAUCUUUGCUGCUGACUCCAUAAUUUCGUCCAAUAAAACUCAUGGCAUGCCGAGACAUGAAGCGGUGACGUUGAUUGGCUCCCUUGUUUGCUGUCUGAGAGUAGUUACCGAUCUUCCAGCACUGCAACCGAAUGCAGGGCAAUUCGAGAGCAUGUGUCUUUCGGAUGUUAAGGAUCGAGUGAUCAGCAUACUCUUGAAAGCCGGGCGUCGAGAACCUUCGGGUAUGGCAAGAGGAAUUUCUCUAUGUGCGUUGGGUAUCUUCGUCUAUGAAGAACUGACACAUUAUACUCCCGAAGCACCCAGCAAGAUAUAUGGGAAGAUUCGGGAUGCCUUGUAUGUGAUUCUGCAAUCUUUGAAAUUUCAGCAGAAAUCUGUCAUACAACUGGCUGCCGAUCUUACGCUUCUCUUCUGUGAUCAUUCAGCCGUGCUUUGGUCACUGUUCCCUGACGUCGUGCGGAAAAUCAUAGAGGCCCUGUGUAACAGCAUUGAAGCUGUCGCUGUGCCCGUUGCCAAUGGAGUUGAUCUAACAAGUUCCGAUGAACAUUUGGUCAUUUCUCUUCUGCUCACGAUGGGAGAGUGGGCAAUGAGUUUGGAGCCCAGCAGUCUUGUUGAAGCCUCUCCUCAAGGAGGCCUUCCACUGCUUAAACUCAUUUUUAAGACGCUUGACAGAAUGAUAGAUGGUCGACCUCGAGCUCACACAAACACUUCUCCGCCUGGAAAAGCUGGAAGGGCUCCUCCGCCUCCUCCUUCAUCGUCGGAAACGUCUGGGAGUUCCGACACGUUUUUGCCGUCAGUAUCAGUGGAUGAUAUGCGAGGAACAGCCUGGUCGCGAUCAAAGCCAGUGCCGGGGAAGACCAGCGGAACCGCCCAAACAUUCAGUGCUUCAGUUCAAGCCGAUUCCGCAGAAGUUGCAGCACAUAUCAGACUCGCUGCCCGCGGGAUUAUGGAUCACUUGGUGCAGCAUUUGUGGCAUUUCCCCCUUGGACUUGGAGCGGCACACUUAGGUUCUUUGGUCAUGGAACCAGAUGAUGGAGCUUUGUUUCCGCCGGGAUUCCAACCAAAUUUUGGUUGUGGCGGAGAUGUAUCCAUGGAUACAUUCUCUGCACCGAACGUACAGUUUUUUGCUGUAAACAAUGCUGCAUUGGUGUCGAUGGUUCAACUUCCGAAUGCGGCUAGCAAUGAUCCUUCGUUCACGGGUCCAGUCUUGACUCCUCCGUCGCAAGUGAGGUUUAUCGCCCGUCACUUGGGAGGCAAGACCUGCUGGGAUGCAAAUGUAGUAUUCAGGGCUUCUGGGGGUGGGGUGUCAGAGGACCAUAGAGUUUUGGGGCGUGGAGAUUGUGUAUCUGCGGAAAGUGAGCGAAGUCCAAGUCCAAGCGGUAACCAGGAUUCCGGUAUAGUCUUUGGAAUGUCCGGGAAAGGAUCAUCUGGACGCAUUCCACUGUCGCCUCAACGUGCUUCUCAAAUUUACAAAGAAGGAAAUGUUCAAGACCUGCUAUCCCACAUCGGUAAAACGAGUCCAGAGUGCGUUCCCCGUUACGUAGAAGCGCUUAAUUACCCAGAGCCUCUUCCCUCAUUUCUGACCGGGGAUCGUGAAGAGGAGGCCGUAACUGCGGUUCUUGAUCAGCGGACUCUAGUCUUGGACUUCGCUUCCCGAUUUUCUGAAGAUCGUACUCAGACAGCAGCGCCGGCGUCCGCCUCGGUACCGAACACGUUUUCCGCAGGAAGUGCGAGCUCUGAUGUCACCGAUGAAGAUCGCAUUGCUGCAUCUUCAAACCCCUUCCAGUUGUCCUGCUUUUUGUUAUCGCAGCUUGGUUGGGCCUCAUGGCAUCGUAGGCCGCAUGUACAAUUGUUGAAGAAGACCGAUCGUUUACUACUGGAAAUUAAGAACCUAGACCAACAGAGAUGCCGAGACAAACACAAAAUCGCCAUCAUUUAUGUGGGGAAAGGGCAAGAAGAUAAGCGAUCAAUAUUAUGCAAUGUUGGUGGAAGCCAAGAUUACGAAGAGUUCGUCGCUGGACUCGCAUGGGAAGUGGAGCUUGAGAAUCAUGUCGGUUUCCUGGGAGGUUUACACUACUCAAAAUCGUCAAAUUCAUCGUCCUCGAACCCUUCGUGUGACUCGUCGUCAAUGUCUAAUUCGGGAGAUCUGGGAUCGUCCUCCGGGCGCGGGAGAGGUUCUAUCGCGACUGCUGGAGAAACUGCUCCAUAUUUUUCCACUUCCUUAAAUGAAGUUAUAUUUCAUGUGGCCACAAGGAUGCCGUCCAACUCGGAUGAUGCUUUGCAUAUGAAGACGAGACAUUUGGGCAACGACGAGGUACACAUCGUUUGGUCAGAGCAUACAAGAGAUUAUCAUCGUGGAAUCUUCCCAACGGAGUUCUGUGACGUCCUGAUCGUGAUUUACCCCCUUGCUGGGCGGCUUUAUCGUAUCCGAGUUGAUAGAAAAUCAGAUGUGCCUUUCUUUGGACCACUCUUCGAUGGAGCGAUUGUUGACUACCGAACGUUACCUGGCUUGGUUCGUGCGACUGCGAUAAAUGCUUCUCGAGCAAAACGGUCAACCCUUCCUCAUUUCGCGAAUUUCUUCGUCGAAAGAGCGAGAAGUUUGGAAGGUGUGUUCAACAAUUAUAUCCAAAGGACAAGUUUUGAAGAUUUUUCAGCGCAAACGUACUGCCCGAACUUCCCCGCGAGCGACGCAUCUUCUUUUUCGAGCGGGAUCAAUCCAGGGUCUUCGUCGUCAGUAAUAGCCGCGCCAGAGCGUAAGAGUGGCCGCGGCGCCAGUGGAGGAUCUGCUGACGGAGGUAGUGCUUUAAUGGAAGUGUUGCGAAGUGGACCAGGACGUCCCCCGAGGCGCGGUUUGCUUGCCAAGGGCGGUCUGCAUUCGACUGACAAUAACAGCAGUCCACCUAACAGUCCCAAAUUCUACAAGUAGAAUCAUUGGUCACGCACUUUUAGCUUCUUCCUGUCACUUCACAAAGCACGAGCUAACCUAACACCUUCUUUCGUCGUAUCGUCUUCCGUCACAUGCGAGGGAUUCGUGUCUAUAUUUUUGGGUAAGGCACUCUUCAGUUCGAUGCCAGAGUCCUCCAAUCUGCAAAUUUGAGCAACCCAGACUGAUUUUUAAAUAUUAUUCUGGGAGUAUUUUAUUUUAUUUUGCCAAGAGCCUAAGUUUUAGAAUAUUGUUGAAUGUGUGUCAUACGCUGUGAGGUUUUUUCGUGAACAUCAGACGUGAGGUGGCGUUACAUUAAUUUUCUAUUUUUGUGAUAUUUGGAUGCCUUUUAGUGUAUCGAAUGAUGCUAGUUCAGGGCUUUUCUACCGGUGUUGGCGGGCAUUUGUCGGACUUCAAUCGAGAUUCUCCUUGGAUACAGGGAACCAUUCCAAAGAUUGCUUAAUUUAUGUAAUACGAGAAGUACAGUACAGUAUAUGUAAAUCACUGCGAAUCGAGAAAAAAAAUCGAAUGGACAGUAAAAAGUUCGGAAGAUCAACGAAGGAUUUUGAGACUCCAAAAAGAUAAAAUUUGAAUGUUGUAUAGUAAGCAUGUCACAAAACCGUGAGCAAUUUCACUAUAAAUUAAACCGAGCCGUAUAGAUCCCACCCGUGAUCUUCGUCUGAAUUCAGGGACCUAAUGGUUUCAUUGUCCGGGGCUAUCUUUUGUUGAAAAAAAAAAAAAACCAACAAUUAAAACUAUAUCAUCCUCAGUUUCUGUAGGGCCAGUUAAUACACGGAGGUUGAAAAGCCCAGACCUAUUCAAAAGGAUAAUGAAUGUUGUCAAUCUUUCUCACUUUGAACGUGUACUCUUCGUAGACUUGUGUAGAAUAUCAUCUUUUAUUGUAUUUAAAAGCAUCGCAUUACAGUUUUCUUUUUUUAUUAUGGUUUCGCCGAAUACUUGUGGUGUUGGCGUUGAAUACUAACGACAUUGAUUUUUGGAUGAGGUACUUCGUGAUCUAGAGAGUUGCGUAAUUCUGCUGUAGUUGCCGACGUUUUUGGAGAAAAAUGUUGGAUCAUUUCUUCGGUGAAGGAUUAUUAUAGACAUGUUUUUGUCAUGGCAAACUUCAUACCCCAGUGCUGACUGUGUCCGUCUUCGCAUGAUGUAUUGUUCAGAGUCGUCGGCCGUUUCUCGUCGCAGAAGCUUUGACGUGUUGUCGCAUCAGCCCCGCAGUUCGCACGGUCGUCACUCCGUCGUUUCAGACCCGCGUUUCCAUCAUUCGAACAUGGGACCAAGACCUGAUAAUUUGUAUAAGUGAUGGGAUGUCGCGUUCACCUGGUUGAAAACGAGUCGAUUUUGAAUGGUGUAUUUUAUUAAGUUUUGUGGAAGAUCGUGAUUUGAUUGAGGUGCUCGACGAAAAUCAGCAGACGUUUGACCGUUGUGUUUAAUGUCUGUUGGGCUGCAAAAUUCAUUCCGUUCAUUCAAUGCAGACAUCGACAGGGGUUUGAAUGUUGCUUUUAGGAAAACUUAAUUCUUGUUGAUUUUGUUAAUUCUGUUGGCCGUUUGAUCGCCUGUGAGAUGGACGGUGCCAUACAAUGCAGUUUUACCGAAGCAAUUUUCGUUUACGUUUUGAACACUCAACACAACUCGAAACUAUGUCAACUGUCAGUAUAUCCUUCUUAGUGAUGGGUUAGAGUGGAAAAAUUGGUUAUGAAAAAUACCCGGAAAUAUUUUUUCUUUGUUUGGGGCAGAGAAUGAUUAUUGAAUUCUUGUGAUUGCUAAUGUGGGUUUCCAAAAAGUUGGUAAGCCACUCAUUUCACAAAAACCAAAAAUUUAGCUUUGUAUCUUCUGUUCACUUUUUCUGACGAAGCGAUCAGUCCUAAACUUUUGUUUCCGUGUAACAUUUAUUAAAGGCGCUGUUUUCGUGUGCGUUUUAAGCAGCAAUGGUUAUCGCCGUUGUGGUUUUUGCACGAGUGAUGUCUUGUUGAAUUUUCAAAUUCAAGUGAGCAGCACAUGGUUACCAUGCUUGAAAAAAUUAUUUUCUGUUAUACAUCCGCAAGCUCCAAUGCGGACGUGGAUUGUUGCAGUCUACAUUCGAAUGCACAAAUAUCCGUCCGGGUGUUAGAUGGUAAACAGCUGCCUUGAUUCGAUUUGAGGUGUCCCAUUCCUCUAUGUUGAGAAUCGUGGUUUUUGUAAUCGUGCACCAGAAUUUGUGAAGCUUGCUCCAAAGAUACUCGAAAUCCAGAUAUUUUACCGAGCCAGAUAUUUAUCGGUCACGGUGUGUGACGAAUACAGGAAGUACAGCAUUCUUGGUACAAAGAAA